AUGCAGCUCAUCCGCCUUCUUCCGCUUCUGGUCCCCUUAGUCCAGGCAGCAACUCUUGCUUCUCAGAUGAAGCUCAUCGAGGAGAAGAUGACUAGGCGAAUGAAGCUCACGACUCCAGAGUCCGCAACCUUGAAGAACAUCGAGUCUUCCAUCUUGGGUAUGGCACAGACGAGAAUCUCCAAGGAGGAUCAUAAGGCAGAGGCCUCCAAUCUGACGGUAUUCUUGAACGAGAUUUCCGACUUGCUCGAGAAGACCAUGAAAGCAAACCUCUUGCUCCGCAAGAAUCAAACUCAGGAAGACUUGGACGAGGCGUGGGCAAACCUCAGCACCUGCCUUCACCCGAACGAUACAGACUACGACGCAGGUUUGAAGACGUUGUCGACACAGCACUCGCACUGCCGACUAGAGGAGGAUUCCAUCUGGGCGGACUAUGACACCGCUUGCAUUGUGGCACGACAGCUCUGGGAGAAUGAGAAGAAGGCCAUUUGCGAUGCCUAUGAGGCGGCACGGGUAUUCCCCAAUCCAACCAAGACCUGUGAGAUGUCGGAGGGCACUGCAACCCCGACCAUCGGCAACUACCUGUUGGAAAUGGAGAAGUUCUAUACAGACACAUACAACGACCUAUUGGACAAGAAAUUGAAGUGCGACAAUGCCACUGCCACACCCUUCAAGAACGAGGACCUAUGCCAUGAGAAGAUCUGCAGCUACUAUGACAAGAAGAUCGCCUGUGACACGAAACAGGCAUCGUUUGAGGACAAGGCCUGCGGCCUGCACAAGAAUUACACCUGUCUCAAGUAUACGGAAUGCUACGACGAGAAGGUGCAGCUCUACGGGUCUGUAGUUGCUCUGGCGGAGGAGGGCGAAGCCACCUCCAAGGUCGAGUGGAGGGCCGUCCUUCGGAUCGAGUGCCUGAUAUCGGCACUCCUGCUAGAGGACGGCGAGCUGGCGCCUGCCCUCGAUGCAUGUAAGGCAAAGACGUACAGCACACUGCCUGUUGAAUUGGCCUACCACGGGGCGGCACCAGCAACCCGAGCAUGUCAGGAGGUCUUCCUGCAACCAGGGCAGAAGCGCCGCGCCAAACACCUCAGCCACUUCGGUUUCGAAAUCAGGUGUCGCCGGUGUCGCUACAAGAAAUGCCAGUCAAGGUUCUGUGAUCUUGUUCACUACGCUAUUCCGGAGCUGAAGAACGUCUCAAUGGUGCCGGUGCCCGACGCCGUCGGCGAGGCUUGCGACCUCCUGGGCCUGGAGGCCGAAAAAUGCAGAACCGCACACAGCCUCUGGAGCUGCAUCCCGGAGGAGGGCGCCUGCAAGUGCAAAUGGCGUCCCUUCUGCCACGGGGUGGACGUGGAUAUGGGACAUGCCAGUGUUGGGCUUUCGGCGAGUGUCCUUCGCAAUCUGGCAGUUGGAAAUGCUCUCGAUCAGCACAGGCCACGUACACUGCGCAAGAUGAGUGGCAGCUACAUGAGGCAGACUUUCUUAGCUUUAGCUUGGCUGGUGGUCGCAUCUCCCGUCGCGAGGAUCUUCUCCGUGCUGGUUCCUGCCACUGCAAGCAGGCUUGAGACGAACAUGCUCGCCUGGCAGCUGCGCCGAAACUGUGCAGAUACCGCUGCCGCUGAGCGCCGAGGCUGCAGCAUGAGAAUACCGGAAUGGGUGACAAAGCCUUUGGCGGCUGUGGCCGCCAAAGGCGUCACAGGGAAGGAUGGUCUGGCAGGCAUGCAGGUCUCAGGUCGACUUGUCGACGUACGAACAAGCCUGGACCCGAGAUCCCGAAAGGGUGGGAAGGGUGAGAUCUUCCUGACCGGCGGCUUCGGGGCAUUCGUGUGGGAAGGACAAGCUCUGUCGCAUUCGGCUUGGCUAUGCUUGCUGGACCUCCCGUGCACGGCGGAGAGGUGUGCAGCGUUCUCAGUCCAGCAGCGAGUUGUUCGGGAUGACGUGACGCUCGAAGUUGAGGUUUUGCUCAUGGUCCUCAUGAAAAUCAAUGUGACGCUGGGCGAAACCUGCUCACAGGCAUCGAAGUUUGCCUGGGGAAGCUUCAAGAUUCCUUCGGAAGGCUUGGCCUCUGGCGUCCUGCUGGCCUCCGAACCCUUCGGGGGAAUGUUCGGCGUUCUUCUUGUGGGCGCAUACAUGCUGAGGAGCUACGGAGCUGAGUGCGCAUGUUACCCUGCACACAGAAGCCAUGGUACUGGCUUGGCCUGA